CCAGCCAAGAGCCCCUCUCUGCACAGAUACCACAGCAAGAGCGAGCCAGCAUGGAUGUCUUUAAGAAAGGGUUUUCCAUUGCUAAAGAGGGUGUGGUGGCUGCUGCAGAAAAGACCAAGCAGGGAGUGACGGAGGCUGCAGAGAAGACCAAGGAAGGGGUGAUGUAUGUCGGGACCAAAACCAAAGAGGGUGUAGUGCAGAGUGUCACUUCAGUUGCCGAAAAGACCAAAGAACAGGCCAACUUGGUGGGUGAAUCUGUAGUGGCCAGUGUGAACACAGUGGCAAAGCAGACCGUAGAAGGAGCAGAAACCAUUGUAACCAACACUGGGGUUGUAAAAAAGGAGGAUUUACAGAACCCAGAGCAGCCUGAAGAGCUACCUACUGCUGCUGCAGAAGAAGACGCCCCAGUGGAAGCCACAGAAAUCAGUGUAGAGGGAGAAAAUGAAGGAUAUUAACCCUACUCGGGUCUUCUAGUGUGGAAAGUGAGAAUCCCAGGAGUAAAUACAGAAAUGUUAGCUGACAUCAGAGCAGGGAAAUCACUCAUAUCUUAGGCUAACUUCAUUCAGCACUACAGUCUUUUCACUUGCCUCAUACCAACAUAUCAUAGAAGUUUGGCAGACUCUUGAUCGUAUGUUUUAGGGCAACUGUGUGUGCAACACAUCUUGUGUCUCCUUUACCAUCCCCUUUGUGGCUUUCUUCCUUGUCCAUCGUCAAGCCUUCUGAGCGUGUGGUUUGAUUGCCGUAAUUUAGCACAGUCGUGGUUGGAAUCGCUGAUUAAUGUCUUUUGCCCGUUAGCAUCAGCACCCGAGAUCCCUAGAAAUGGCGGACAUGGUUUUUUUUUUUCUAAAGGGACAAAAUAAAAC